GGCCGGCCCCGGGGCGGGCGCCGAUGGCGCCUCCUCCGCCUUCGCCGCAGCUGCUUCUCCUGGCAGCCCUGGCCGGGCUCCUGGGUCCCGGCGAGGUGGUGGCUGAGCCGACGGAGGAGGCGGGAGCCCGUUGUCCCGAGGGCCUGUGGCCUCUCCCCCCACAGGUGUCACCAAGAGUGACCUACACACGGAUGAGCCCACAGCAGGCUGAGGGUGUCAGCUUCCUCUACCACCCCUGUGCCCACCCCUGGCUGAAGCUCCAGCUUGCCCUCCUGGCCCAUGUUUUUGUGGCCCAGCCCUCCCUGGCCCCUGACUCCAGCCUUACUCAGGAUCGGCCCCUGGUGCUGGCAGCAUGGGGGGUGGCACUGGAGAUGGCAUGGGUAGAACCAGCCUGGGCUGCCCACUGGCUGAAGAGGAGGCGGCGGAGGAAGCAGAGGAAGGCAUGGUUUCGCUCUGACAGCCUUUCUGGGCCCUCUCCCCUGGUGCCAACCCCUGGCAGAGGGAGGCUGUGCCGGAGAGGGUGUGUGCAGGCCCCGGCUUUGGCCUUUACUCUGCGGAGCUGGCAGACCCCAGGUGCAGAGGUGGCAUCUAGAGGGCCCAGGCAGCUCUCUCCUGGUGGUGCCAAGAGGCGUGGUCUGCGGGCUGCCCUGGGUCUCCAGCCCACCCCCUCAGUCCUGAGGUUCCCCUCUGCUUUCCCACAGAGCUUUGAGGCCAAGCAGCCCAUGUUGGGAACCCUGGGUGAGAGGGGUAGUGCCCCAUCUGUGCCCACUGCCCCCCUGCUGCCUGGGGGGCCUAAAGGCAAUGCCAGCUCCAGGAUAGAGGCUCAGCUGCCCAAAGGGCAAAGCAGCCCAGGGGGCUGUGCCUGUCCAAGUCAGGCUUCCCCCGCCCCUCGGGCAGCAGCUCCUCCUCGGGCAGCCCGGGGCCCCACGCCGCGCACGGAGGAGGCCGCCUGGGCUGCCAUGGCCCUGACCUUCCUGUUGGUGCUGCUCACCCUGGCCACGCUCUGCACUCGGCUGCACCGAAACUUCCGACGCGGGGAGAGCAUCUAUUGGGAGCCCACGGCGGACAGCCAGGACACAGUGGCGGCCGUGCUGAAGCGGAGGCUGCUGAUGCCCCCGCGCCGGGUCAAGCGCUCCCGCCGGAGACCCCUCCUCCCGCCCACGCCGGACAGCGGCCCAGAUGGGGACAGCUCCAACUGACUUGCCCCAGCCCUGCCACUGUGGCAGCCCGGGCUCCCCCUCCCGCCGGGAGGCCGCGACCUCUGCCACGUGGACCGCGCGCGGGGCCGCCCCCUCGUGGCCAGAUGGAGCAGUCCUCCCUAAGCGCUGCGAAGGGCCCUGUCAUCCUCAACGUGUGGUUUGCGGGAGGGGUGGCCCAGGGGAGCAAAAGGUGUGGUUUCAGCCUCCCUUGUAUUUCUAAUUAAAUUAUUUUAGUAGA